UAAGCAAUAAAAAAAACGUAAAUCUCGAAGGCUGUCUAUCAAGUACUACCUAAUGUAAUAAUCCGUUUUUGUAUAGAGGACUCGAUACAUUUACAUCAUGAAUUCGAUAGAUUUUCGUGCUUGACAUACCUACUGAACACAGAAAAUGAAUGUUGGUACAAGAGAUGCUCUAACUGUUUUAGUUACCAUAGCUACUCACAGCUACUCUUGUUAUUUUAUAGUAAUAACUACAACUACAUUGUAACUUUGACAGUCGUAAAUAUAAAAGUAUUGAUUAUUUUAUUUUUGAUAGUAGCUUACAGUCACUAUUAGAUAUGUUUUGAUAAGAAACCGUUAAAAACACAAAUAAAUUGUAAAAUGAAUAAUCCAGACGAAAUUAAAAGACGUGUUCCGCUAUACCCAGGCUUCCCAGAGUUAGCAAGAUCGGAUGUCAGCAUAUACCCAUCAUACACAAAAUUAGGAUUGGCGUAUCGCGUGGUUUGCCGCCAUCGUUACCAUUGGGCUAAAGUUGCGCAACGCAAGCAGUUUAUGAAAGAACUACACAGCUUCGAGAAAUUACAGGCCAACGCCCUAGAUGGUGUUAGAGUUCAUCGGGAAUUUUCUCAGGGUAUACUGUCACAUGUGAUACCCCCACGCAGAUACAUGCAGAAACUGACAACGGACCCUUUGACUCCUAAAGAAAGAAUGCGUGUUGAAGAGAUUAUAAGUGGAAGAGUUAAUUUUGGACAGAAAUAAACAUAUGGGUUUUCUUUUCGAA